AUGUGGUUAGUUAUACUUGUUUUUUCCGUUGCAACCACUAUUAUUAAGUCUGAUCUGUACGAGAAUACAUGCUAUCCGUAUCGUUUCAUAAUUGAAUCAAAAAAUAGAACCUUAGUAACACUAACAGCCGAACAUGAAACACUCAAAACUCUGUAUAAAGUAACUGUGAAUGAUGACGAUGUCACGUCAUUGACAAAUCAAUAUGCGACUGAUUCCGGGGAUCUGUACGAUUUACUUGAAGAUCUUGUAGCAAAUCAUUGUACUGCAAAACAAGUAAGGUCAUUGAAAACUCUGGUAAUCAAUGAAAUUGAUGGCGAGGAUGAAUUAGAGCUCAAUUUUACCGUUGAGAUAUCCCUUCGAGGAGCUAAAAGGCGAGCAUGGAAUUUCCUGCUAAAAAUGGAAAAAGUUCAAAUGAAUGAUCUUGAGCGACUCGAACGUGUUAUCAAAGAUUUGACGGAGAAAGUCAAUGUUAUCACCAAUCAUUAUAUGCCAUGUGAAAAAAGUAUUUCGCUCAAAGGUGCCAGUUUUAACGAAAGAAAAAAUGGAAAUCAUUAUUCGUAUUCACUCUUGUCGGUGGACAAAGCUUUUGAUCUGAAUGAUGCAAGAUACCAGCAUUUAACCUUCAAAAUUGGUGUGAGUGUCGAUACUCGGUCGUAUAUUGGUGUUACAUCAGCCUCUUACUAUAGUGGUGGAGACGUAACAACAACAGACGAUACAUACUGGCUACAAGUUACAACAGGAAUGAUUUAUUCAAAACACAUUGGAACAAAAGCAUAUACGUGGGCAGCAAAAGCAGGAGACAAUGUUACAGUUAUUGUUGAUGUGAAGAAACUCUAUGUCGGUUUUUCACUUAAUAGCCGAUGUGAACAUCAUUGGGCAUUUCAUUUGAAAAGAUCAUCGAUCUUUGCGAGUGUUCAAAUGAUCUCAAAUCAAGAAAUAUUCGAGAUUGUUGAAUAG